GUAGUUCACAGCGUGAACACAGCGUGAACACAGCGUGAACACAGCGUGAAGACCGCAUAAUCUGUGAAGAAAAGAAGACGCGCACCGCAUACCAGGGCAAUAUUAUUUUGAACCUGCUUAUCUGACUGUUCAGUCAGACAAGGGCUGCCAGGUGAUUCAGCAAACACUUUAACCCAUCGGAGAACUCAUCACAUAGAUUACAAAGAUGCCUGUGGAAACACCAUCAGUCAGAAACACGUCUACAGUUGGUCGCUUCCCAUCAGUCACACUGGGAUGGGAGAAAGAUGAGGAGCCAGAGAAGAACACAGAAGAAGGGGGGUGUCGACAAUGGCUACGUAAGAUCUGUCCUUGUUGCUGUCAAAGACCGAGCAAAGAUGAUGACAUCGCAGAUAAGGUUGUCACAGGGAUCGAUGAUGCAGACAAGCUUGUGGGGAAUGGUGACAAGCCAGUCACUAAUGGAAGUAACCUUGAAGAGCUGUUGUUGAUUGUGCGGUCCAUUGACCUGAUGAAAAAAAAUAAAGGUCAGAACCGCAUGGAGCAUCACACAGACCGUUACUACGGUGAUGGCCUCAUCAUCCGCAGGGGUCAGAUCUUCAUGAUGUGGCUUGACCUCUCGCGACCUUACAAUUCCAACACGGACAGACUCCACCUGGAGCUUAGGACAGGACCCUUGCCUACAGUGGCAAAGGGCACCCAUGUCAUCAUCCCAUUGGUUGAGGAGCUGGAGGAUGACCGUUGGGAGGCCAAGAUUGUGCAACGGGACGGCAAGAGGCUCAAGCUGUCCAUCAACUCCCCGCCCACAGCUGUGAUUGGCCGAUACCAGCUCACCGUGGCAACGCAAAGCCCAAAGGGGGAGGCCACUUCUACACAUGACCCUGGGAAUGACAUCUGCAUGCUGUUUAACCCCUGGUGUAAAGAUGACACAGUGUACAUGGAAGAUGGCGAUGAGAAGAACGAGUAUAUCCUGAAUGAUGUUGGAAGGCUCUACUACGGCACAGAGAACCAGAUUGGUUCAAGAACGUGGAACUAUGGACAGUUUGACAAGGGGAUCCUGGAUGCCUGUCUUUAUGCUUUGGAGAAGAGUGCGACCCCCCCCUCAGGCUGGGGAGACUCUGUCAACGUGGUACGAGUCAUUUCAGCCAUGAUCAACUCCCCAGAUGACUCUGGGAUCCUGGAGGGGAACUGGUCAGGGAACUAUGUGGGCGGGACUUCCCCUACAUCCUGGAGUGGCAGUGUGGACAUCCUGAAUAAGUACCAUAAGGACGGAGGCGCACCGGUCAGAUAUGGCCAGUGCUGGGUCUUCUCUGGGAUCACCACCACAGUCUUGAGGUGUUUGGGCAUUCCCUCCCGUAGUGUGUCCAACUUCAACUCCGCCCACGACACAGAUGUCUCCUUGACAACAGACGUGUAUUUCGAUGAGAAGUUGGAGUCUAUAGAUCACCUCAACUCUGACUCCAUCUGGAACUUCCAUGUGUGGAACGACUGUUGGAUGGCUCGUCCAGACUUGCCACCCGGCUAUGGCGGCUGGCAGGUAGUAGACUCCACCCCGCAGGAGACCAGUCAGGGUACAUACCGCUGUGGCCCCGCCUCCGUCAAUGCCAUUCGUAAUGGACAAGUGUUCCUGAAACAUGACUCACCAUUCGUCUUUGCCGAGGUGAACAGUGAUAAGAUCUACUGGCAGAGGAACCUGGAUGGCACCUUCACCCAGAUCCACAGUGAGAAAAACGCAGUGGGCCACUGUAUCAGCACCAAGGCUGUGGGCUCCGAUGAACGCAAUGACAUCACAGACCUUUACAAGCACCCAGAAGGCACAGAGGAGGAACGCAUCGCUGUGGAGACUGCAAGUCGCUAUGGCUCCAAACCAGAUGCCUACUCCUCUCCCAUCGCUCAGGAUGUAUCCAUAGAGGUGACCAUGGAUGGGGAGGGGCCACGCAUGGGGGGAGAUGCAGAACUGACCAUUGUCAUGCGCAACGCUAGUUCUCUACCACGCACCAUCAACCUCCACAGCCAGGUGGCAGUCAUGUACUACACUGGUGUGGUCAAGGCUACUGUCAAGAAGGACCAAAUUCCUGUGGAGCUGCUACCCAAUGAAGUGAAGAACCUGGAGUGGAUCCUUCAGUACCAGAACUACCAGGACCAGCUUGUGGACCAGGCUGCUCUGAUGCUGACCCUGUCGGGCAGGGUCAAUGAGACACAGCAGGUUCUGGCAACUCAGUUCAGCUUCCGCCUCCGCACCCCUGACCUCAUCAUUAAGCCAGUAGGGGAGGCUGUGGUGGGGAAAAAGAUGGCGGCUGAGAUCUCCUUCACCAACCCUCUGCCAUGCACGCUGAAGGGAGUGGUGUUCCGUGUAGAGGGGCUGGGCCUGCAGAGUGUUCGACAGAUCACUGUUGGUGACGUGGCCAGUCGCUCCACUGUGGUUCAGACGGAGGUCUUUGUCCCCACCCUGCCUGGACCCAGGAAACUGUUGGCUUCACUGGACUGCAAACAGCUCACACAGGUCCAUGGUGUUGCUGACAUCAACGUGAAGGAGAAAUAAGUCUUCAGACACCAUAGACCUCUCUUGGUCUGCUUGGCUAUUGAGGCAUAAUCACUAUGGAGGUCAGAAGAAAUCAUCUCCCUUCCUCUUCCCCCUACCAGAGCACUGGUGUUGCUGUUGAGUCAAUUAUGAUGUUCGAAAGUACAGGUUGUGAGACAGGAAAACCAUACACCAUGCAAAACAAGCAUUUUCUAUAGUCAUGUUGUCACAUAUUAUUCCAUUCCUCCCUCUCAAUAUCAGAUUGGACCUGUAUAAUGUGCCUUGAAGUGGCUAAACGAAUGAUUGCAGCCCUUACAAUAAUACUUUAUACAGAAUGUGUGGCAUGUUCUGUUGACAGAACAUUAUGCAUUAUCUAUGACACCAUCAGAUUCAUCUCAGCUAUUAUUUAUCACUUAAUAGAAGGGCUUUGUGUUUACUUACACUGUGCAAUUAUCUAAUACUUUGGUGUUAUUAUUAACUUCUAAACGUUGUUAUGGAUUUUAAGAGUUCAGUUCUUUCAAACACAUAUCCAUGCUUAUGCGGCAGGGCGCCUAGUGGGUAGAGCGUUGGGACAGUAACCGUAAGGUUGCAAGAUUGAAUCCCCGAGCUGAAAAGGUACAAAUCUGUUGUUCUGCCCCUGAACAAGGCAGUUAACCCACUGUUUCUAGGCCGUCAUUGAAAAUAAGAAUUUGUUCUUAACUGACUUGCCUAGUUAAAUAAAGGUAAAAUUAAAAAAUUAAAAAAUGCACUUACAUGUAGUGUGAAUGUCUAAAAGUCUUUCCACUUGAACUGGAUGGACAAAUCAGUAUUAUUAUUAGGAAGUCAAGUUAAAUCUGCUCCAUCCCAUGCUUUUUGGAUCCAGGUUUUGUAUUAACAUCAGAUGUGCUGUUAUUUUGCACUUAUCAACUCCAUAUUAAGUACACAAUUAGCUCUGAACUAAAUGAAGCACCCAAGGUAGAGGUUUAUGACAGAAACGCUGAAAUGGCAGCUACACACGUUUAUUUUUUCACAAACAGCAUAUAAUCUGUAACUGUUUUAAUAGUGUAUUGUAUUUAUGUGCUAUUUACAUUUUUAUACUAUGUGAGUAAAUUAAUUCCACUUAAAUACUUUGUCCUUAUUAUGUGUGUGUGUGAGAGAGAGAGAGAGAGAGAGAGAGAGAGAGAGAGAGAGAGAGAGAAAGAGAGAGAGAGAGAGAAAAUUGGUAGAGUGACAGCAACAGGUUUACCCAAGUACAUGUUAUGAAAGAGUUGAUAUUUUAAUGAUGUAAGUGUUCAGUUUGACAUCAUGCACAAUUAUGAACACACUCCCUCAUACACAUACAUAAACUGUAAUGUACAAAUCACAUCUUUCUACAUUUAUUUGGCCAUUUUCCUGUUCAAUAGUUAAUUACAACACGUGAUAUUGGCAGUCAUAAGUCAACCCCUUCAUAAUAAAGUCAAGAUAUUAUAAUGGUACCUUAUUGUCAGUCAUGACAUGUCAUGACAUGUCAAGCCUCUUGAAAAGGAACACUUUUUUAAAAGCCUAUAGUGGUUGGCACUGAGCUAAUCAGCCUCUGCCAACAAAACUCACACAGUAGGCUGUAUUAUAUAAAUAAAAUUAAGCAGCAUUGUUAAAUUAGUCACACACACACAAUCAUGGUCUACACAACUCUGUUGAACUCCUCAGGCUGAUCAACAUAGACCUGAUGAGCAGCUCCCUCAACCACAUGAGACAGGGAAAGAGAAGGGGGGAGGAGUGAGGGACUGUGAGGAUCAGCUCCAUUUCACACUUUGGGAUUUCAGGGGUGUUGCCAUUUGUAAUCUUGUAAUCGUGUAAUUAUUUUGAACCCCACUCUUAGGUCUGCUAUUGUGAGCUCAAAAGAGAAGCCCACUGUGGUCUGCUCACCCAGUGCUUUAGGUCAAAUGUGAAUUCCAUAAACUUGAAUACCCCCUCAGUUUUCAAAUCAAGUAGAGGGCUUGCGCUGUUGCACGAUAGCAACCAAAGACCACAUAAGUCAGUUUAUAACAUUCCAUCAUUGGUUACUCAGAGUUCCUCAUAUUUACAUUGCCUGCAGCCUCAGGCCUUAUGGGGGUAACCUUGGAAAAGUAAUUCCAAUUUAUAUUCCUUGCGCUAUUUCUAAUAGGGAUAGACCAAAUGAUGUUGGACUGGAAACUUGUUGAAGGAUAAGAUAAAUUAUUAUUUUAGGCUAUUUACAGAAAAACAAGUCCUGAAUGCUUUGCUAGCAAUAGACAAUAAGAAAUCCAGAGGGGCCGAACAAUUGGAUCCUGGUCGGCUGAAGUGUGCAGCUCCCAUCAUUGUUGGCUCAGUAACCCACAUUUUUAAACAUUGUUUCAGGAAAUACUUAAAAAGUAUGGAAAUCAGUGCUGCCACUCCAUAAAGGCCGGGUUAGUAGUGAUCUUAAUAAUUAUUGGCCCAUUUCAAGGCUUCCUGUCUAGCUAAGAUUCUUGAACGCUUGGUAAAUGCAACCAUUUUAGUUGUUAAUGGUCUUGUCAAUACUUUAGACUCUAUAAUGAAAUGUGCUGUUUGUGGACCUGUCAAAAGUUUUUCAUACUGUCGAUCAUGCUAUUUUAUUGAAUAAGUUGUCCUCGAUAGGCCUGAGCUCUGUUCUCUUCAUUAUUUAUAUAAACACCAUUGGUCAAUCUGUUAAAAACUGUCAAUUUAAUCUAUAUGUGGAUGGUACUUGUGCUGCCAUCCUGUUAGAAGGUAACAGAUUAUUUUAUUACAAUGGUUAAAUUGGAUUUUCAUUGUGUUCAAUGGUGUUAUUUGCCCCCUAGUGGCGCUUUCUGGUACUUAGAAAGACGACGCAAACAGGAAGUACAGAAUUUGUUUUGCACGCAUAGAGCAGCUACAAACAACGCUACGUUGCAGGUCUUUCAAUGUAGUUAUUUCUUGUCACGCUUCAGCCUUGGAAAAAUAUUUGUUUGUAAGUUCGAUUCAAACAUUUAGCUAAUGAUGAUAAUCUUGUUAUUGAUAGAGUUGCUUACAUAUCAAUGUUGGUUGCAUUUACUCACAAAUUGCAAUGCCUUUAAUGUAUUAAUGUAUGUCGUUAGCUGUAUUACUUUGCUCAUGCGUCAUGCAAACGAAUUGUAAAAUAUACAAUACUGUAGUUUUGUUACUGUUUCUAGUGUAAUAUGCUUUGUUAUUCUACAUAGAUGGUUAUACAUUAUUAGAGUAAUGAAAGGAGCCAAUUACCAUAUGGUUAACAAUUAGCUAUAUGGUUUGGCAUCAUGCCAGAUGCAUGGUACCUUAGCGCGUGCUUUGUAUUUAUGCAACUUCAAAUGUUUAAUGUACAGCUACAGUAUGUCGGUGUGAAUUGAACACUAAAGUAUAUUCUUUUCUGUAUUUUGCAGUUUCACAACAUAAACCUUUACAAUAUAUUAAUUCAAGAAAAGUCACGCCUUGGGAGUUUUAUUGAAGACUUAGUUGUUAGCUAUCUGUCUAGUUUUGCAUGGGAACGCAACUCAAGGGCAGAAUAGUACUAUUAUGUAUGCUAUUGCCCCAACUGUUGAUCUGGCUGUGUCAAAACUCCAGUCAGAUUGUAUAGCUAUGCCGGAAUCCCUUGCUAAUUUAAAACAAAAUACAUGUCGUUUUUAAACUCUCGUAUGAAUGUUUCAGAUGAACUACAUGUUUACUCAUUAGAUGGUUUGAAUGUGUUCAUGCAUAAAAAUACUUAGGCACUUGGA